AUGGCCAGAGAAAGCAGCGCUCCGACAGAGCCCCUCACUCCGGGCAAGCCGAAUCCUCAGGCCCGCCCCGCACAGGUUCAACAGCAACCGGAAUUCGGAAAACCCUCACCGAUCGGCCAAGCACAACGAUCAAACCAUCUUUUCAAUAUUCCGAAGCCCAACCAAUCUCGAGCCGAACAUCACCGACCCGCCAAUCGACCGCAAUCUCAGCGUCCCGGUCACCAUGCUGCGCCUCAGGUAUACCGCCAACCAGCUACAGGUGGGCCAGCCGCAACCCCAUCAACGAAGCGUAGUGAGCCGUGGGAUCCCUUCAAGCCUGUUGCGCCAUCGGCUUAUAACAACGCUCGUCCACUCAACCCUCCCGGCUCAGUGAGCAUCAAGCGUCCCGAGGCUACCACUUGGAAUACUCCCCGUGCCCCUCGGCCAAUCUUUACGUCCAAACCUCUUCCGCCAAAGAUGUCGAAUGCUACCAAAAAUUUACAAAGCUUCAUAGACCUCACCCGAAAUGAAAAUGCCCCUACCAGCAGUUCAGUUCCCCGUGGAUCGACUGACUUUGGGACUUUGGAUAUGUACGGGUAUGUGGACUCAGCUGCGGCAGAGGAAAACAUCAAGGCCUUGUUGGAGGGUGCAUUCGAAGACGAGGAGGAAAAGUCCAAGUCUAAGCCAAAGUCUAAGAAGAAGGGCAAGAAGAAGAAGCAAUCUAAGGACUCCAAGAAGGAGAAGAAUCCCCCAAUUACUGAGGACACAAAGAAAGAAGAAGCGACCGACGAUCUCGACGAUCUUGACGAUCUCGCUGCUCAACUCCAAGGGGUCACAGUGAACGACGCAAAAGACACGGAGAAUGAAUCCGACAACGUGCCUGUGAAACCCUCUUCGGAGGGUUCUUCUGUUGGGGACGAAGUCGCUAAAGAAGAAAAGAGCGACGCUGAAGCGGAUGAGGAAGAUGAGGAGGAGGGGGAUGAGGAAGAUGAGGAAGAUGAUGAAGAGGACGGUGUGGUUGAGGGCCUGAAAGUCACCCUUCUGCCUCACCAAAUUGACGGUGUGUGGUGGAUGUGCGACAAGGAGACCGGCCGAAAGACGACUAAAGGAAUCUUCCCCAAGGGUGGAAUACUUGCUGACGAUAUGGGUUUGGGAAAAACAGUGCAGGCAAUUGCUCUGAUUCUCAGAAACCGCAAAUCCGACCAUGAACACAGCGAUGACACCGACGAAAAGGAGGGCAAAACUACGAAAUUGCCUCCUAACUGUAGCGGUUCUACUUUGGUCAUUGCGCCCCUUGCACUGAUCAAACAGUGGGAGUCCGAAAUCAAAGACAAAGUUGAAAAAACCCACAAGCUCUCUGUUUGCAUCUAUCAUGGUGCAGCACGAGCAAAGAACGCAAAGAACUUGGAUGACUUUGAUAUUGUUAUCACAACAUAUGGCACUCUUACCUCGGACUUCAACUCAUCAGCCACGGAUAAGGCGAAGAAGGCCGGUUUGUUCUCGAUUCACUGGUACCGUAUCAUCCUCGAUGAAGCACACACCAUCAAAAACCGCAACGCCAAAGCUACCCAGUCAGCAUAUGCAUUGGAUGCUCAGUACCGGUGGUGCCUGACAGGAACACCCUUGCAGAAUAACUUGGACGAGAUGCAAAGUCUGAUCAAGUUCCUCCGAGUCAAGCCCUACGAUGAUUUGGCGGCUUGGAGAGAUCAAAUCAGCCGACCGCUGGCCAAUGGCCGCGGAGGGCUCGCGAUCCAGCGGCUGCAGGUCUACUUAAAAGCUUUCAUGAAACGACGCACUAAGGAUGUUCUCAAAAUGAACAAUAACGUGAAGGAGGGCGAAGAAGGAGAAGAUGGGAAGCCUAAAAAGUCCAAUGGCUUCCAUAUCACCAAACGUGAGGUCAUCAAGGUCGCCCCUGAAUUCAUGCCUGGAGAGUUGAACUUCUACAAACGUCUGGAACAGCGAACGGAAAAUAGCCUUGAACAGAUGAUGGGUGGUGCUAAGGUUGACUACGCCGGCGCUUUGGUACUGCUCUUGCGUCUUCGUCAAUGUUGCAACCACCCCGACCUUGUCAAGGGCGAUUUGGCCAAAGACAAGGAUAUCCUUUUGCAGAACAAUCCUACUUCCAGCCAAUCUUCGCAACCGAAGUCUGACGACCUCGACAGCAUGGCUGAACUCUUUGGUGCAAUGAGCGUUGUCACCAAGAAGUGUGACGUUUGCCAAGCAGAACUCAGCCCCGAUCAAGCUAAGGCUGGCAAUACGCGCUGCGAUGAAUGUGAAGCCGAUCUCAAUGUCGACAUCAUUGGCACAGGCAAGAAACCGAAGAAGUCGAAGAACAGUCGCAAAGAGAAGUACGUUCCUGAGUCUCCCUCCGUUCGCAGACACGAGCGGAGGAACAGACGAGUCAUCCUUGAUAGUGAUGAUGAGGACGAAGAGGGCGACUGGGUUGUUCCCAACGAUGAACGCAAAAUGACAAACCUUGGAAAGGCAGGUGGUUCAGACGAUGAGAAUGCGGAAGGUGGCGGUGAAUGGCUCAACUCUGAAGAUGAGACAGACGAUGAGAUUGAGUCUCCCUCCAGAAGAAAGAGCAAACCCAUCGUGCUUAGCGACUCCGAAGAUGAGGAAACCGACUCUGACGAUGAAUACACGGAGGAAGGUGAAAAUGGCGAAUUACCAUCCACCAAGAUUCGCCAUUUGAUGAAGAUUCUCAAUCGCGAGGCACCAGACUUCAAGUUCAUUGUAUUCUCCGUUUUCACUUCUAUGCUAGACAAGAUCGAGCCUUUCUUGAACUCGGCCAAUAUCGGCUUUGCGCGCUACGAUGGCGGUAUGACAAACAAUCACCGUGAAGCUAGUCUUGAGAAGCUCCGCAACCACAGCGGAACUCGUGUGCUACUGUGCAGUCUGCGCGCCGGUGCGUUGGGUCUGAACCUGACAGCCGCAAGUCGCGUCGUUAUUCUCGAGCCUUUCUGGAAUCCCUUCGUUGAGGAGCAGGCUAUCGACCGUGUCCAUCGUCUGAACCAAACAAUCGAUGUGAAAAUUUACAAAAUGGUUAUCAAGGGAACUGUGGAAGAGCGCAUUGUGGAACUGCAGGACCGCAAGCGUGAGCUAGCCAACGCUACCAUCGAAGGCAAGGCUGGUGCUGGCAAGUUGACCAUGCGUGAUAUGAUGGCUCUGUUCGGUCGUGACGCCGAAUCAAAUUUCACUGAUAAACAGAGCACUUUGGACUUCAACAACAAAGUAGGCUUGUUGAAUGCUGCCGAAGAGGCUACACCCGCUCCUCCAUCCUCGCAGGUGUCAUACUCUGAUCCUCGCAACCGGGUUCGGGAUGCCCAACCCAGCCGUCCUCGAACUGAGGACUCGGUUUAUGGUCGCCGCUGGUGA